AUUCUAAUUGGAUUGACACUUGUCAAAAUACUUUAGUAUUUGUUAUUAUUAACGUGGCUAUUUUUUGUUUAUAAUCAAAUUUGUCGGGAAAGUCGAUUGCAUAAAACUGAUUUCUCUAUGCGGCUUUAUCAGUAGAUCGCUGGAAAAUGGCUCUGAAGAAAGUAAAAGGUAACAUUGAACGUAUGUUCGAUAAGAACCUAACAGAUUUAGUACGAGGUAUAAGGAACAACAAAGAGAAUGAGGCUAAAUAUAUUACCCAAUGCAUGGAAGAUAUUAAGCAGGAGCUGCGGCAAGACAAUCUCACAGUCAAAGGCAAUGCCAUAGCAAAAUUGACCUACUUGCAAAUGUUAGGUUAUGAUAUCUCCUGGGCUGGUUUUAAUGUUAUAGAAGUUAUGAGUUCCAAUAAGUUUACUUUGAAAAGGACAGGAUAUUUAGCUGCAAGUCAAAGCUUUCAUUGUGAUUCCGAGCUGUUGAUGUUAACAACAAAUAUGAUAAGGAAAGAGUUAAAUUCGCAAAAUCAAUAUGAUGCAGGUCUUGCAUUAACUUCUUUGAGUUGUUACAUCAGUACUGAUUUAGCUAGGGAUUUGUCUCAAGACAUUUUAACACUUUUAAGUUCUACUAAACCAUAUAUAAGGAAAAAGGCUGUUUUGAUGAUGUACAAGGUAUUUCUAAAGUACCCAGAAGCCCUGAGGCCAGCAUUUCCAAAGUUAAAAGAGAAAUUGGAGGAUCCAGAUCCUGGCGUACAAUCAGCUGCAGUUAAUGUCAUAUGCGAAUUAGCUAGGAAAAAUCCUAAGAAUUACUUGAGCUUGGCGCCGGUUUUCUUCAAAUUGAUGACUACAAAAACGAACAAUUGGAUGUUAAUUAAAAUUAUCAAAUUGUUUGGUGCCUUAACUCCUCUAGAACCUAGGCUUGGAAAGAAGUUAAUAGAACCCCUCACGAAUUUGAUCCAUAGUACUUCGGCUAUGAGCUUGCUCUACGAAUGUAUCAACACGGUUAUCGCCGUUCUGAUCAGUAUAUCUUCGGGCAUGCCCAAUCACGCUGCCAGUAUUCAACUUUGCGUCCAAAAGUUGCGCAUAUUAAUCGAGGAUUCCGACCAAAACUUGAAAUAUCUGGGUUUGCUGGCUAUGUCGAAAAUCCUGAAAACUCAUCCAAAGAGCGUACAGGCUCACAAAGAUUUGAUCCUGCAGUGUUUGGAGGAUAAAGAUGAAUCGAUACGUCUGAGAGCGUUGGAUCUUCUCUACGGUAUGGUAUCCAAGAAGAACUUGAUGGAAAUCGUUAAAAAAUUGAUGGUGCACAUGGAUAAAGCUGAAGGAACUAUAUACAGGGAUGAAUUGCUCGCAAAAAUCGUGUUAAUUUGUUCGCAGAACAAUUAUCAGUUCAUAACGAAUUUCGAAUGGUAUCUCACGGUUCUGGUGGAACUGGCCCAGAUGGAAUUCGGAUCGAAGCAAGGUCACGUUAUUGCUGCUCAACUCAUCGAUGUUAGCAUCCGCGUUCAGGCGAUUCGAUCUUUCGCUGUCGCCGAAAUGGCGCAGCUCCUCGAGUUCUACGCCUCAAAUUCCCAGUUCAGCAUAAUGCAGGAUGUGCUUUAUUCUGCUGCGUGGCUUUGUGGCGAAUUCGCCAGUGAAUUAAAAGAACCGGAGGCAUCGUUGAUCGCUAUGUUGAAAUACAAAUCGUUGCCGCCUCACAUUGAAAUUGUUUUCAUACAAAACAUACUAAAAUUGUACGCGUGCUGUUUGAUGAAAUACGAGCUAGCUCAGGAUUACGAUAAAAUCUGCGGCAUGUACGAGGUGACGCAGAGGAAGCUGGAGAACAGUCUGAAGUCACCUGAGAUCGAAGUACAAGAGCGGGCAAGCUCUACUCUAAUGAUUUUGGAGGUGGUGCACUGUGAAGUCAUGGCUAAGAAAGGCGUCAAAACGGAGCAAAUCAUGGAGGACUUUGAUUUACCCAUCGACGCCGAGGUGGAUAAGGGCGAAACUGUAGCCAUGCAGCUAUUGAAUUUGUUCAACGGUGAUUUGAAUCCAGUUGCGCCGAAGGCGCAAAAGAAAGUUCCCAUUCCCGAGGGACUUGACUUGGAUUCAUUUAUCGAAGAGCCUGAUUUCGGUGAAAACGAGUACAGUUCGGACAGCGAUUACGAGAUCAAGGGUAAUCUGUUCGUGAAAGAUAGCAAUGAGAGGAAUAGUAAGCCGGAGCUGACUGAAGAGGAGAAGGUCAAGAUACGGGAGGCUCGUAAGAACGAGCAGAUGAAUAAUCCGCAUUACUUGAAGUCCUCCAAUAAGAAAUACGAAGACAUUCCCGUCGCCGAGUUGCAGCUGGAUGUGCCUCUGAAGGUCUUGUCGAAGCGAUCCGAUAAGUACCUGAAGUUCGACAACGGUGCUAAGAAGAGCAGGAAGAACAAGCGAUCGAAGAAGCACAAGGUGGAGAGUUCAACGGACGACGACAACGAGUUGGUCAAUAAAACGUUGAUGGUCAAUCAGAAUCUGGAACUACCCGAAGGAGCAACUCUUUCCGACUCGGAGGGUAGCGUCGGCAAUCCGGACGAUCCACAUCGCGCCCUAGACAUCGAUUUAGAUCUGCCUGGCUUGGACGAGAAGAAACUGGCGGAUUCUCCGCAGCCGGAGAGCAACAAGAUUAAAUCGAAGAAGAAAAAGCACAAUAAAAUAAAGAAAGAUAAAUCGGUGGCAGCAGCGGCGGCGGCGGCGAAGCAGCCCGGCGACGACGGCGAAAAUAAGAAGAAGAUGAAGAAGUCCAAGGACAAGAAGGAGAAGACCAAGAAGAAAAAGAGCAAAGAAUUGAGUAACGAGUACGAAGAGGCUUUAGGCAUUUCGACGCCUAGCAAAGAAUUUCCAUAGAGAUGCGAAACGGCAUCAGAAAAAAAAAUAAUAGCUUUAUUAAUAUUGUUUCACGUUAAGAGAACAAAAGAAACUUACUUAAAGGUUAACAAUACGUCUUGUUAGGAUUUCAAGUGAAAUAAGUAUAAUACGAAAUGUAAAUAACGAUUUUUUAAACAUUUUUUUUUUGUUUGUUCAUGUUUUGUAUUAUCAUUGUUAUUGCUAAACUAUACUCAUUAAAACAAAAGAGAAGAAAAAGUCACAUCACGUUUGCUGCGAAAAAUGCUUGUUUUUUCCUCCAACGCAACAAGAAGCAAACGACUUUCCGAAUUCUGUGUAUUUAUAUAUAUAUUU